UUCGUCGAUGAGGCAUUAGAGGAUGAAUCAUGAAUGCAUGAUUGGGUCGUGGAAUGAUUACUUUGGCGUCGGCACGAAAAUAUCGGUGUGGGCUCCCUGUAUCUGAAUGAAAACUUCGGGAUUCUGGGCAUGGAAUGGGGCGCUUCUUCAUACCACUGACUGCUCAAGGCAGCUGUCUCUUCAAUAUAAACAAUUGCAAUACUUCACGACCCCGACCCAUGUGUUUGUAUUGUUCUCGCUUUCCGCCGGCGUGUCUACCACCUCGCAUAACCCUUACUACUCUACCGUCUUGAAUUAUGUCCUUUAUUUGUCAAGACUUCGAGGAAUCUUGCCUACAACCCGAACUAGCACCCCAUUGCCCUUCUACUUCAAGUACAUACCCCAUCUAGCAAUCUCCAUACUCGAAACCUACCUCCACAACAGAAAAACGACAAAGUGUUACCCCAGGAUAUAGCCCUUUACCCUUGACCCUUUAUCCUUACUAACACAACAUCUUUCACCAACUCAAGCAAUGCCUCUCUAUGGUAAUCUGGCCAUAUCUCCUCGGCAUAGCGUGUAGGGGUUAUGUGAAUGCUCUCGAUGUGUGCUUU